GUUCCUUCUUCAGGUGAGCCCAGACUGUGUGGGUAUCUGCAGAAGCAGGGGGGACCACUGAGGGCCUGGAAGCAGCGCUGGUUCACCUACGAGGAGAAGAAGAACCAGCUGUUCUACUACCGCACGCCGCAGGAUGUGACCCCGCUUGGCCGAGUGGAGCUCAGCGGUGCCACCUUCACCUACCCACUGAAGGCCGAGAAGGGCACCUUCCACAUCAAGACCCCUGAACGCACCUUCGUCCUCAAGGCCGUGACCCAGGAGCUGAUGCUCUACUGGCUUCAGCAGCUGCAGGUGAAGCGCUGGCAGCACCGACGGACCAGCUCAGACACAACAAACAACAACAACGCUACAGAUGACUUCCUGCCUGUGCUGAAGAGUCCGUUGGGUCUGGUAGGGGAGGAGGCGGCACACCUGCCGACACGGACGCCGCUAUCCAACGUGUCCAUCAAACAUCCGCUCAUCGAGAUCCAAAACUCAGUCCACAGUCUGAGAAAGAGGACAUCUCAGGAGUGGAGCCAGAGUGUGUUCCAUGUAGAAGCUCCACCGUGGAUUCCCCCAAACACUGCAGACAGCAGCAGCACGGCCAGUACACAAGCUGCCAGUAUUCCCACCGAGCCUCUGGCCCCGCCCCCUGCCCUCCCAUUGGCUGAUCCAGCAAAUCAGGUGGGUCCAGUGGAAGGCAGGGAGUCUCCGUCGCUCCUGGACGGUCCCAGCAGGAGGACAAAGGCUCGCAGCACGUCCACCAUGGCCGCCCUCCGCAGAGACACGUCGUCCUCUGAGCGUCUGCAGCAGGACAAACAGAUGCUGAUGGAGGAGGUCAAAGCUCAGAAGGAGCUGGUGUGGAUCCUCCACAAAGCCCUGGAGGCGGCUCAGCUGGAGAAGCGAACCUGCGCAGAGUUUUUGGCCGAGGAGGGCGAGCAGGAGCGCCUGGAGCUGCUGCGCCACCGCGAGCGGCAGGCGGCCGACCUGCGAGGUCGUCUGGAUGAGGCCAACAUGGAGGCAGAGGCGGCCAGGAGGAGCCUGGCUCAGAGAGACCUACAACUGGCUGAGCUGCAGGACAAUGUCCGGAUGCUGACGGAGAAGAACAACGCCAAGAAGGAGGUCAUCAUAAAGCUGUCAGACCAGGUGACCGCCUGUCUGUCCGAGCCGCGACGCUCUGCUUCACCAUCUGGCACCAGUCUGGACUCUCAGACCUUCAGACAGCUUCAGCAGGAGAUGGACAACCUCAAGGACGACAUCGAGGCCUACAAGACUCAGAACAAGUUUCUGAACUCGGAGAUCCACCAGCUGACAAAGCUGUGGAGGAAAAGCUCGGAGCAGGAAAAGAGUCUGCUGGUCAAGUGUGCGUACCUGGAGGCCACAAAUUGCCAGGCUGAAAGCCGAUACCUGGGCGUCCUGCGGAAGCUGCAGGAGGCCAAAUCUCUGGAUCCGGCGCAGCAAGAGGCCGUUCAGAAGAUGAUCGAGGACGCUCUGAGAGGAGAGCUAAAGAGCGUCACCAAGCUCAGCACGGACAGGGAUCACGACGAGUAUGGCUUCAAGAUCAUCCCAGACUACGAGGUGGAAGACAUGAAGCUGCUAGCGAAGAUCCAGGCGCUGGAGAUCCGCUCCCACAAUCUGCUGCACCAGAACGCUGUGGAGCGCCCCCUGCUGAGCCGCUGGGCUCACUACCUGGCCGGGAGGUCAGAACACGACCUCUGUCCGUCACCCGAGCUCAAAGUUCUGCUGCGAGGAGGCGUUCCACGGGAGUACCGGCAGAGAGUGUGGCGCUGGAUGGUCCGAGCCAGAACCAGGUCCAUCAGAGAGCACCACCCACAGCGAUACCAGCAGCUGUGUGAGAAGAGCAGAACUUCUCCUCACCCGGCCUCCAGACAAAUCCAGCUGGACCUCCACCGGACCCUGACAACCAAUCAGCACUUCUCUUCACCGUCCAGCCCCGCCCUCCAACAGCUCCGCCGUGUCCUGUUGGCCUUCUCCUGGCAGAACCCUGCCAUUGGCUACUGCCAGGGGCUCAACAGGUUGGCGGCCAUCGCUCUGCUGGUCCUCCAGAGUGAGGAGGACGCCUUCUGGUGUCUGGUGACCGUGGUGGAAGCCAUCAUGCCUCAGGACUACUACACCAAGAACCUGGUGGCCUCUCAGGCGGAUCAGCGGGUGCUGAAGGACUUCAUGGCGGAGAAGCUUCCCCGACUGAUGGCUCACUUUGAGGAUCACAGCAUCGACGUGUCGCUCAUCACCUUCAACUGGUUUCUGGUGGUGUUUGUGGAGAGUCUGCCGAGCGACAUCCUGCUGCCGCUGUGGGACGCUUUUCUGUACGAAGGCACCAAGGUGAUCUUCAGGUACGCUCUGGCUCUGUUCAAAUACAAAGAGGACGACAUCCUGAAGAUCCACGACAGCGUUGAGAUCUACCAGUACCUGCGCUUCUUCACAAAGACCAUCUCCAACAGCAGGAGGCUGACGAGCAUCGCCUUCAGCGACAUGAACCCAUUCCCGCGCCGCCUGCUCAGGAACCGCCGCAUGCUUCACCUGGAGCGCUGCAGGGGAGCUACGAGAGGAGAGCAGCAGAGGGAGUUUGUCACAGAGAGCGCCGAACGCAAGACAAAAGAGCUAGACAUCGCAGUGAGCGAAGAUGACGACGAACUCUGA